AUACAGUUUGUCUUUAUGGAGGACUAUGAUGUGGACAUGUAUGUGGAAGAAGAGAGAGAGGUAUUCAUGAGACAGGCCACAAUGGGCCAUUGGUGGGAGGACUGCGGAGAUGAUGGCAACUGUGACAUUCAACAACAGAAAGCGGGAAGAGGCUGCAUGGUAAACAGCCGCAGCUGGGCCGAAGAGCUCCAGGAUAUCUUUACACCACAGGCAGAAGACUGUCACACUGGAGGGCGAACCAGACUUGCCAGCAUCUCUGCCCAGAGGAAUGAGCGAGAGUCCAUCAGGCAGAAACUGGCCCUUGGCAGUUUCUAUGACGACGAGCCAGUCAUCUACACCAGCUGCAGCAAGAACGGCCCAUCCUCCCGUCUGCAGAGUGGGGUGAACUUGCAGGUGUGUUUUGUUAACGACAGCAGCAGUGACAAAGACAGUGAUGCGGAGGACAGCAGGACAGAGACCAGUCUGGACACGCCGCUUUCACCUGUGAGCAAGCAGAGCUCGUCAUUAUCGGACCGAGACACGGCGGAGGAGGACUCAGACCCAUUAGAUGACUGCGGCGGGUUCUGGCGGGUGCAGCGGAGGCUGCAGGAGGAGGCCCGGGUGGCGCUGGCUCUGGCUCGACCCAUGGCCCGCAUGCAAGUGGAAGUGGAGAGGCAAAUCCAACUGCACAGACGUUCACCUGUGGCUGACUUGCUCCCCCAUCUGCCCCACAUCAGCGAGGGCUUGAUGAAGAGGAAUCUGAGGAGAGGGGACAUGAGGGACAUGAGUCUAGGACAGCUGCAAGUCAUCACAAAUGACUUACACUCACAGAUUCAAAGUCUUAAUGAGGAGCUAGUACAGUUGCUGCUGCUGAGGGAUGAGCUACAUGUGGAGCAGGACGCCAUGCUGGUGGACAUAGAGGACCUCACCAGGCAUGCUCACAGCCAUCAGCGGCACCAGGCAGAGAAAGCCAUCUCUAAAUAAAAACACCCCUGUCUACACGUGUGUUCGUCUGCACGCCAUUUUACCUCCUGCUCCAUGGACUGUCACCAGUAUUACUAAUGAAACUCCAUCCGUGCUGACUGUGUCUGGAGAAAUGAAUAUGCCAUAUACAGUAGUAUUAAAACAGGCACACUCGUAAUGUAUUGCACCAGAGGAUGUUCUGGAAGGACAGAGGACCUGAAAUCUGAGUCAUCACCACUUUCAGUAAGGACACAGUUAAGUUUGUGCAGGGUUUUCACUUUAACUCAGCAUGAUUAAUCAUGCCAUAUUUCAUAGAAUUAGGGGAAUCCUCUCAACUUAAUUCCAUCCCUAGCCCUGAUUUAUCUCUUCAUGAUUUUGCACGGUACACUCAUGUAUGUUAAUGCCGGGUUGGAGAGAGCGCCUGUCCACGUUGUUUCUCCCUUGUCUCAAAAAAAGAUGCUGACUUCUCGGGGGCCACUCCUGACUGAACUGAGAUUCAAUUAACGUUGUCUUUUGUUUAUGUCUAUAAUAAUCAAGAGGAUUGAUCAGUUCAUCUGUAGACACGCUCUGUUCACCUGUUCAUCAUUUCUUUCACUUAGAGCACUGUGUCGUCGCCGUUUAACGCUGGAAUUCACUAUUAAGCACCUACUAUCUAAGCUGUUGCAAUAGAAAAUUAUAAACACUGUUCUUAUUUGCAGUUUGG